AUGGCGCUGUUGAAUCCUACCUUCAUAUUUGGGGUAUUCGUCCUCCUGUACCUGUCGUCGUUCAUUCUUUUCGCAAUACUUCGAAUCCUCACUGGCAUAUCCAUUCAACGCAUUGGUUAUCUGUCCCUGCGGAGACUUGCAUACACUCCGAAAGAUGGCAUAAAGAUAGAUAUACGAGGUAUGGGCCUCAACCUACACAGGCCAACCUUCGCGCAACCGACAUGGCUGAGUAUUGUCCUCACCGAGCUGGCAAUAACAGGGGAAAAGAGUGGCGAUGCAGAGGAACUCCCAGAGAUAAAAAUAGAAGGCGUGGAUGGGCCUAGUUGUGAAUUUGAGCCCAAGAGGAAGCGGGCGUCCGGGAAAGCGAGCAACGGAUCCCAGAGAAGCAAAAGUUGGGAGCGGCUCACUGCGAUCAAGGAACGAAUAAAGCGCAUGCACCGCAAUAUCAACUGGAUUCGCAUGGUGGAUGUAGUGGCUACAAAUACAUCAGUGACUGUUGUAGAUGUGGGCCAAAUACAGGUCGGAAACUUUACAAUGGCAGUGGACACCCGACGCAAAACGGUUGAUCGCGGGAGGAUGUUUUCCCACGUCAAAACGGCAAAAAAAUCCCAGAGACCGGCGGAGUGGAUGAUGACCUUGCGCAGCGUUCUCUUCACGCCCGAAGGAAAAGAGUCACUAGAAAUACUGGACCAUGCUACUUUGAAUAUUCAUGGACUUCUGUACAAGGAACUUGACGGCCUCCGAGAUGCAGCGUUUGCACUUAAGCUGGGACGUGUACACAUCCCAUAUGACGAUAUCAAUACAUGCAUAAACAGGUAUAAGGGCUGUUUGAACCUCUACGACAGAGAAAUACCCGAACGCGAAGAAAUAUCUCUCCAGCAAAUCAUUGGAGAAAUCGACCAGCCGGGUAGCCGAGAGGAAGACCUUGUGCAGACCGUCUCAGAUUCUAAGGAAUUUGCGAGUUCUAUUCUACGGGGUAUUAAGGAGGUACAAUUUGCAGUAAGCUUUGUGGGAUUUACCAGACAGGUCAACUCCGUUCAGCCUCGUGGCUCACCUGUUUAUCUCAAUGCAACUAUGAAGGAGGUUGGCGUGGAUCUUCAUCGACUUGACCCGAAGUCACCCGCACACCGCAUGUACUUCUCUUCCAAGGACAUUGCUCAUCAAGCCCUUCUUGCAGCUCUAUCUAUUGAACUCGGCGUCGAUGAUGGGCAAGGAGGGUCGGAUAGGUUGGUCUAUAUCCCUAUGGCAACAACAACGAUUAGAACGACACUGCCCUCCAAGACAGUGGAAUCUGCACCAGACAAUAGUGCAGAUGAGCGAAAUGCCAACAUCCUCUUCGCUAAUGUCGUUGUUACUUCCCCUUCUGUCGACCUGGACCCAAAACAUCUCCCCUUGGUAUUGGCAGUGAUGCAAUCAAAACCGAAAAGGAAGAGCAGAGCAGUACCGGAAAGCCAUACCCUCAUUUCUAGACUGUUGCCAAAAGCCAAUGUUAAGCUUUCAAUGCACGAGCCAGUCGUACGGAUUGCUCUUCCGCCCGUUGCGAAGACAGCAGAGGCCGAUGAUUUUGAUCUGAUCAUAUCAUCCGUUUCAUCUGUCUCAUUGGAUAUCGAAUCAUCCCAUUCAGCAGUUGGAGAAUUACACUAUGGCUUAGCAUCGACACUGAGAUUGCAAUCUCACCACCUCUACUACCAAACAUCUUCUGGGGCUCAUUACGAUUUGCUGCAGACAGAAUCACUGGAAUUGAAGGUCCAAAUCAGUGCGAACCCCGAAGUUUAUGUCGUUGCGACAGGCAAUUUACAAACUUUUUCCGCACAUAUGAUCCGCCCCGAGAUAAGUGAUGGUGUUCGUCAAAUUGUUCGUCAACUCCGGGUGAACGUGGAACCAGAGAACAAGACACAUGCAAGAACGUCUCGGGAUCCUAAUUUUAUCAGAGCUAUGCCGCCUUGGCUUCUGCAUUUCCAGCUCCAAGGCUCAGAUUUUAGCGCUGAAAUCGCUGGUGUCGAUAAGGAGAUUUCAGGUGAUACUCGUGGAGUCGCGUUGCAGCUGGAGUCUUGGACAGCAGAGUACCGGGCCCAGAAAACCAAUACCGUUGAAAAAAGAGCGUCGCGCCGAAGAGCGCCUAGCAGGUCUUUAACACCAGAUGCCGAAAUCUUGCUGAAGAUGCCCAAUUCACCACGAAAGAAACAACAGAAUGCGACAGACGGCCGAAGACUAGCGGUUCAUGUCCGUGGUCUAGAGGCCUUUGUUGUCGAAUCCACGGAAAUAUGGGAGAUUGAACCAUUUGUCGGUAUCCCGCGCUUCGAGGUUGCGCUAUCUACUACGUGCGAUAACCAAGGUCCAAUCUUUCAUGUCAACUCAGCGGUGAAAACGCUUCUUGUCCAAUACUCGCUCUAUCGUCAUUAUGCUUGUGGCAUUGCGACAUCGGUGCUUAAGACAGCAUUUCUUCGUACUAAAGCUGAUGAAGAAGAAGCCAAGCAAGCCCGUCCAGCACCACGAAUUUUUGGGAUAGCGGAACAUCUCUCUCCUAUCCGUUCUCCUGAGGACUUGCACCACGGAUCUGAUGGAUCCAGUUUUCCCUUUCCUAUCAAGGAGUUCGUCACUGUAGAUAUCAAGUCGUCAUUAGUGCAGAUAAAAGCGAAUAUGCCAUCGGACCCCCCAGUCAUGUUCCAAAUCUAUGGCAUGGAAGCUGGACGUCAUCGAUGGUCGGCGCCUUUUGUAUAUGCAAAGCUUGCUAGGCUCUAUGCGGAAGCACCAAAAAUGCCACGCGUAUGGGCACGGAUUGUGAGUAUUAAGACACUCAGGGUGGAUCUGCUUGAGAAUAGGCGGAAGCGAGGUACUGGAGAGACAUACGACGAAAACACGAUUAAUGUAACUACUGAAGCAAUCAGAUUGGCCGUUCCCCAUCAACUUGUACUCCACAAAAUCUUCGAUAAUUUCGUCAACACGAUGAAGUCAGUCCAGCAACUCCAUCACCGGUUUUCGACGGGCACAAAUGAAUACAUUCUUGAAAAAGGCCCGGAAGGGCCAAAGCAUAUACCAAAAGUCUCAAUUCAGAGUCAGGCAUUAUUGUUUGAGUUGGAAGAUGGAGCCUUCGAAUGGAAAUUGGGCGCAAUAUAUCGUGCGGGCCUCGUCGAACAGUUACAGCGUAUAGCCCGUGAAGCUGCAUUCAAAGCAAAGGCGAAGAAGAUUGAAGAGGAAGAAACGGGAAAGAAUUCAUCCAGAUAUCGCAACAGAUCCGCUCACCCCCGGGGGCGAAGCAACCACCACGACAAAACAGGACAACGCAGUAAAAGCGAACAUGGGGAACCUACGCAGGAAUCAGGGCACUCCCGUGGUCGUCGCAUGCGGUACGACCCUGAGGGUAUAUGUGGAAUCAGUGGGAGCGCGAAAGUUUCCAUAACAGAGGCACAUGAAAAACUUCAACGAUACAAUUCUCAAAGUUGGAAGAAGAGAAUUGACCGAAUCUUCAGCCAAGCUCAAAAUGGAAUGAAAGACCUUCGUGGUGUCUUUUGGGGUUCCGAUCAACUCCCCGAUGAUAUGGUGGACACAGAAAAUAUCUUAGAAGUCCCCCAGCGACCCGCUUUGAUGGCGACAAUGGUUAGUGACCUUCACAUCACUAUUGACAAGCCAUCCUUCCCCAUUGCCCACUUGCCAGAGUUUAUGCAUCGGGUCGGAAAAGGCAUGCCUCGUGAUAUGAAGUAUUCGCUUCUGAUUCCUAUGCAUGUCAAAAUAAGCAUGGGAGAGGCCCGUGUAACACUACGGGACUACCCACUACCACUACUCCAUGUCCCAGCGAUCAAGCCUGGGCAAAAGCCAAGACUCUCGGCAUGGUCUCUCGAGACCGAUUUUGUUAUUGCAGAAGAGUUCCGGGGGCCCGAAUCUGUUCGCCAUGUCAAGAUAGACAUUAUACCUCCAAAGAACCGCCCACAGGGUAAACCAAACGAGGGUAGCUUUGCAAUUGAUGUGAGGCGGACUAUCUCACCAGUUAAAACAUACUCGGACAUCAACAUGGAUAUCAACACUAGCUUCCCGACCCGGAUAACAUGGGGUGCCUCUUAUCAACCAGCGAUUCAAGAUAUGAUGAUGGUGAUCGAAACCUUCACAAAGCCUCAAGUUGACCCCUCAGAUCGGACUGGUUUUUGGGACAAGAUUCGAUUGAGCUUCCACUCUCGAGUAAGCGUUGCAUGGAAGGGAGAUGGUGAUGUGCAUCUCAUGCUCAAGGGAACACGGGAUCCUUAUUUGGUGACCGGCAAUGGCGCAGGCUUCCUUAUGUGCUGGAGGAAUGACGUGAGGUGGAACAUCUGCCGUGACGAUGAUCCUCGGAAAUUCAUGACUGUGGAUAGCGGAGAUUAUAUUCUCGCCAUCCCUGAUUACAGCCAUCAAGCUUUCACUUCAGAAAAGUCGGACCAUGAUAACGAUAGUGUGAUAAGCUCGGACAGUUUCAAACGUGGAGCAUCAUUCAAGAAAGUCGUCAUGAAGCUCUCUGGAAACGUUCAAUGGCUUGCUGGCUUGAUGUUCGAAAGGAAUCUCGAAGAGGAAGGAAAACGAUCUUUCGACUUUGAGCCUCACUAUAAGGUCAUUUUUAGAGAACCCCAGUAUGCAAAAGCCCCACCAGGCCUGGAAUAUGACGCUUUCCGUGGAUUCCGGAGCCAUCAUAUUCACAUGUCCGUUGCCAUCAAAGCUCCCGUCAAUCGCGAAUGGUCUGUGUCCAAUACGGCGCCAUCGAACAGCUAUAACACUGUACAUCUAUCACCUCGCUUCUUCACUCACUUUUUUGCCUGGUGGUCAAUGUUCGGUGGCACCAUGUCACUUCCUAUCCGCCAGGGCACUUUGUGGCCUGGUAUCGAAAAAUCCAGCAAGAAGUUUGGUAGGCAUCUUGCUACCAUCAAAUACAACUUGUUGCUUGCACCGCUUUUCCUCAGUCAUAUUUACAAGCACAAAGAUGCCGAGGACUAUUCCGAAGAUGUCGUUUCGGCUACUGGCCUGAAGAUGAGGCUAGACAGUUUCAUGCUUGAUAUUCAUCAACGCCGGGAAGAGUUUCACACCCAAGACAAGGGCAAAAAGACACCUAGCAAGACGACCGCAAUGAAAAUGCAUCAAGCUCAGUUGGACUUGUUGUCAGCGGACAUUCGUGCUGUAUCAGCUAGCAUUGCUGGUACAACACCUGAAGAUUUACAAAAAGCUUCGGCUCCUUUCCUUGUUGCGCAACAAGAAGAAGGUUCUACAGAUCUUUCCCAUUUCGAAAUACCUGAUAACGAUCUGAGUUGGAUUGAUAUGGAUGAUUUCGUUGAACUGGACUGGAUUUUGCCUUCUGAAGCAAAUCCAGACACUAAGAUCAUGCCUCUCGCAUAUGCACCACGAUUUACAUACUUCCGACAAACCGACCAUGGAGACACUAUUGCCGGAGACUCAGACGGCACAAGUCCAUUCGGGAAGGAAGCAACGCAUUUCUGUAUUAUGAGCAAAGACGACGAUCCUCGGCGUGUACAAUGCCAAUUGAUUCAAAGCCGCCUAGGUCAACUCGAAAAACAAAUGCAGUCGCAUAAUGCAUCCCUCGAGGAUGCAGAGCUCAAGUAUUUGAGAAAUGAUAGCGACUCCGCAUUGAAGGAAGAUUUCGAUCAAUUAAAUAAGCAUACCGCCUUUCUACGAGAAAAGAAGCUAUUUCUGGAAUCAAUGUUGCGUCAAAUGACGACGCGUGUAUAUACAGAAACCAACCGGGCCGUACCAGAUGGCGAUGCGGAGGCCCUUAGAGACGACGAAACUCCAGACCCCAAACAGUACGAUUCGGAGACUGAGGGCAUGGAUUCUAAUCCGGCCGGAGAGUUCAUCAGUGACUUCAACAAUCGAUUCGUCAUUCACAAUAUGCAGAUGAAGUGGAACAAUCUCUUGCGGAACAUCAUACUCCGUUAUAUCCACCAAGUCAGCCAAAGGCGCGGAUUUGUAUACUACCUUUCCCGGCGAGCCGUAAAAUUCAUUCUAGACAUUGUUGAAGAGCAGAAUAAGGCGAAGACAGCGAGGCCGGAUGCCAAACGUCGAGCAAGCACCCCUUCUACAACUGAUUCACCAGCCUCUACACACGAUGAAGAUACUGGCAAUCAAGACGUCGAGGAUCGCAUCAAUGAGAUCCUUGCAGAUGGCAAAGCUUUUGUUAAUGCGAACGACCAGAAGCAAGAUCCAAAUCCAAGGGUUUCAACCGAAAAUGACUCUGACAUUGGCCGCGAAUUUACCCCGCAGAACAGCUACCAUCUUCGGCUUAUCGCGCCACAAAUCCAACUUCAGAGCGAGAAGAAUCCUAAAUCGGUCGUCUUAGUUACUGCGAAAGGAAUGGAACUCAAGGUCGUUGAAGUUAUGGAUAAGGAUCGUAUCUACGAUGAUGUCAGUGGCCUUGUGCAGCGCCGGUUCUCAGUCGCAAUGGACAGUACACAGUUCUUCGUCACUCACCAGAAGUGGUUUUCUUCUCAACUGUUAUCCCUGUAUUCGGGCAGCCAUUACGGAACCCCUGCUGGGUCAGCCUGGCCGCCGUGGGUGCCUAUGGAAGUCAUGUUCGACUUUCAGGUUGAUCCGUUUGGCUUCCAGCGAGUUGUACAAAAGACGUCAGCCAGCUUACGAUACGACAAGUACAAUACUUUGCGUCUCAAAUAUAAUGAUGGGAUCAGUGGCGAAGGCCACACGGCGGGUCCAAACAAUAUUGAAAGCCGGAUGGACCACCUCUCGGUGGAAUUUCCUCAAGUUCGAGCUAUUUGCAACUCUUCUCAGUACUAUGCAAUGUACAUCAUUGUUCUAGAUCUUCUGAUGUAUAGUGAACCGCUAGAGAAAACCAGAACUGAGCGUCUGGAAAAGAUUAUGCUUGCAUCAGACUUCAGCGACUUACGAGGUGCCCCGGAGAUGGUCAUAUGUCUCCAGGAGCGCAUCAGACAGCUCGAUGAAAUCAAGACACAGUUUCAAAUACAUUCGAAAUACCUAGACACAAAGGGAUGGGAAGAUAGGCUACUACUCGACACAGAUUUAACGGCUUGUGAGGAUGAGUUAUUUUUCCUAAUGAAAGCCAUCACGACAUCUCAGCGCAAAUACGACGGGGCACAGACUACUGGUCUACUUAGAUGGAACAUAUCCUCCGAUCAAAUUGUCUGGCAUUUAAUCCGAGACAACAACGAGCCACUGAUGGAGUUCCAGCUUCAAAAGGCCGAAUACGACCGAACAGACAAUUCCGACGGAUCUCAUAUCAAUUUGAUGCAAAUUGGGAAGAUUGUUGGCCUGAAUCUCCUCCCGGAUGCUAUUUACCCUGAGAUGUUUGCUCCAUACUCAGAUGUUGAGCGUGGGACCUUCAACGAAGGAGGCAAUCAGCAGAUGUUGAGAGUCUACUGGUAUAUGCUGGAGGCAAUCGCUGGAAUUCCUGUUAUGGAUCAUUUCGAAGUCAAUCUUUUCCCGAUGAAAAUCCAGCUGGAACGUGAAGUUGGAAAGCGGCUUUUCGAAUAUAUGUUCCCUGAUUCCAACGACGACAAACCAGGAAAGGCAAAUAAUAAAUCGCCAUUCAUGGUGAAGCAUAUGCCACCUGUUGAAGAUGAAGAAGACAACACCACCGCAACAAACACUAACAGAUCAUUGGUAAUGGAAGGAGAGAAACAAGAGUCGCCAUCUAGCGCGAGGGCAGGGUCUCUAGAAUUACGCUUGCAUCCCACCAUGAACUCAGAGGCCCGGCCAAUUACAUCUUAUUCUAAUAAAUCCAAAGCUACGAGCGACGGACAUCAUUUCCGACUCUUCCAAUCAAGCAACAAGGUUCCGCAAAGUUCACGUUCUUCGCUAAAGUCAGUCAUGAAGAAGCCGUCGAUCGAAAGCAUGCACUCGAGUAUCACAUCACGUCCUACUCUCGGUCGGUCGCCAACUGGCAUGUCAACUUUCGAUACUAAUUCGACUAACUCUGAUACGAAACCCAAACGUUUCGGUAUCCAUCGAAAUGGUGCCAAGUCUCAAAAGGACAAGCCGUCUGACGAUUUGACCGAAAUGAUGUCUCGAGCAUCUAACUACAUGACAUUCGCGUAUGUCAAAAUACCGAGUGUGGUGUUGUGCCUCAGUUACAAGGGCAAGGGAGAACGCAACAUCGAAGAUGUAAAUGAUUUUGUCUUCCGUCUUCCCCUGAUUGAAUACCGCAACAAGACAUGGUCCAACCUAGAUCUCGCCCUCGCUUUGAAGAAAGAUGUCAUCAGAGCCCUCAUCUCCCACACCGGCGCUAUCAUUGGGAAUAAGUUCAGCAAGCAUCGUCCCAAUACCGCUCAGCAGAGUAGACUGCGAGAACUUGCUACUAGCAGCGUGGUUCUGGCACCUUCGAGUACGGAUAAUUCCCGCGACAAUAGCGAUGCUAGUAGCAGCAGACGUACGAACUCUAUAGACACUAAACGCUCUGAGCGCUCAAAGAGCCCAAGACGCUCUUUUGCGUCGAGUGGUAAUCCGCUGGUUCGUACACCCAGUGGCUCUUCUAGCGUCGUUUCUGUCCCGGCUCCUGGGCGCAUGCUAUCGACCCUCACGAUGACGCCAGCAAGAGCCAAUGAUAGUGGGGCCAGUAUUGCCAGUGACAGAAGGAGCAUGAAGAAUGACAGCGAACCGCAUGCACAGGAGGGCAAGAGUGGAGGCUUCUUCAAUCGGCUCAAGAAGGGUGCAUCGCAUGGGGCAGGAGCAGAGGCAGAGGAAGUUGCUGAUAAUGACGUAGCAUCUUCAACAAAGAAGAAGAAAGGACUACUCGGGAAAAACAUACUGGGUGGAUUAACAAAUCAUUGA